GUCGAGAUCUUGAAAGCCAUGAAGGUGAAGCAAGUCAAACUGUAUGAUUCUAACCCGGCCAUUCUCGGCGCCCUGAGAGGAUCCGACAUCGAGGUUACGGUCAUGGUCCCGAACCAGCUCCUUGUGAGCAUCUCCACCAAUCAAGCUAUCGCAGACGAAUGGGUACGGUCCCAAGUCUUACCCUUUUACCCAAAAACAAAGAUCCGAUACGUUCUCGUCGGAAACGAAAUCCUUUCUAUCCCCGACCGUAACAUCCAGCUCAGCCUCGUCCCGUCGAUGUACCGGAUUCAGAAAUCGCUUGCGAAAUUCGGCCUCCUCCGUAAGGUCAGAGUCACUACCUCAUUGGCCAUGGACGUGCUUCAAGCUUCUUACCCGCCUUCCAAUGGAACCUUCCGUGCCGACAUCUCCACUCAAAUCAUUAAACCUAUGCUUCAGUUUCUCAAGUACACGAAAUCAUUCCUCUUCUUGGAUGUAUACCCGUAUUUCGCUUGGGCAUCCAACCCGGUCGACAUCAAGCUUGAUUACGCCCUGUUAUCCUCCGCCAAUAACAUAAGGGUUAAGGAUCCGGGUACGGGGUUAACCUACACCAAUCUGCUGGAUCAAAUGAUAGACGCGGUCUACUUUGCCAUGAAAAGAAUGGGCUACCCGCAUGUUGGGAUCUUUAUAGCGGAAACCGGUUGGCCGAAUGGAGGAGAUAUUGGCCAAACAGGAGGAGCUAAUAUUAACAAUGCAGCAAUUUAUAACCGGAAUGUAAUAAAGAGAUUCACGGCGAUACCCGCCAUCGGGACGCCGGCGCUGCCGGGUGUAGUCAUACCGGCAUUAGUUUUUGCCCUGUACAACGAGAACUUGAAACCGGGUCUGGGAUCGGAGAGGCAUUUCGGGGUGUUGUAUCCUAACGGGUCAAGUAUUUACGGACUUGAUUUUUCGGGUAAAACACGGCCGGGGGGAGAUACCAGGGGGCCGUUGCCUGCUAGAAAGGUAUGGUGCGUGGUGAGGAAUGGUGGGUCGACGGCGAAUCGAAAGGCAUUGGGGGAGGCGGUGACGUACGCUUGCGGGCAGGGAAAUGGAACCUGCGACCCGAUCAAGCCGCGGGGAGUGUGUUACCGGCCGGAUUCGUUUAUCUUGCAAGCUAGUUAUGCGUUCAGUGCAUAUUGGGCACAGUUUAAGAAACUGGGUGGAUCUUGCUAUUUCAAUGGCCUUGCUAAGCAGACUACAAUGGAUCCAAGUAAGUUAAUUAUUGAAUACAAUGUAACUUUGAUUUUAUUUUUUUUACUAAUGUAA